AUGGAACGGGAUUGCUCCACGAAUUUAUGCUCAGAUAAUGUCUCCGCAAACUGUGCACAGCCAUUGACAAAAUCCUGUUCCAGUCAAGACAUAUCACGUUCGGCUAUUCCACCUCCGGCAAACCCAUUUUCUCCACUAUCGAAUCCACGUGGCGCUGACUUUAAAUGCGAAGUUUGCUCUAAGCCAGCAUACUUGCAGUGCUCGUUCAACGUAGGCCAUCAAAAGAUGGAUUGGCUUGGCAUUCAUGAGAGAAUCUGUUCUACACUGGAAUGGCUACGGAAGCCUCCGGGGUUCUAUUCCUCACAAGAAGAACGUCAAGAGAAAAUGGAAAGGAUAAAAAAGGCUCAGACCAAUUUAUUCGAAGUAACAAGAAACACAGGAUUGAAAUUGCUAUUUAAUGGAAUGGCGGAGGCUGCUAUCCCAGCAGCUCUUCAGUGCCUAAAAUUUUCAGCUGAGGUGUUUGGCAUGGCUAGCGUUGAGCUAGUUAUCCCACACCUUCUUUUGGCUGAAGCUAACAUAAUGCUCAGGCGUUUGGAACAAGCUGAAUCGAAUCUCGCUCAAGCUCAAUGGAUAAUGCUUAAAACUCAGCAUGAAUGUUCUGAUGCUAUACGAUCAGCGAUCUAUUAUUCGUCUUGUGCCCACGGUCCAAAUCACAUCCGCACGGCUGGUGGAUAUUUCCAAAUGGCGGAGGUGUUCUACAAGCUUUACCUAAAUGAAAGAGAUAUUGCUUGUGAAGAAGUUGGAAAAGAAGCCAACAAAGAAACAGAUCGAUGCCCUCAAGGCAUGAUAAAUCCCUCGGCUGCGCAACAGAUUCCCGGAAUGGAUGGAUGCCGUCCGAUGCCACCAGCCUUAGUGCUUAAGAAUCCCGACUCCUGCGACGACUUCGCUUUGUCCCCUAACUCAUCCCUUUUUCUCUCGAGGGUGUACAAAAAACCCUCAGUGCUUCCAAAGCCCGCGCAUAAGGAUCAAGUUGCGGAUGACUUAUACGCGAGAGUGGUCAAUAUUUGGGCCGAUCAUUUGUCCUCCAUUAUUGUCACACGAAUUAAAAAGCCCGCCUUAUCGGGCGAAUGUGAUCCCGCCUUUAUGGAGUUGCAACCAGUUGUUGAAAAGGAACUUGAUGAAACAGAUGCUGCAGAAGCCAAAAAGAUGCUAACGUCAAUCAACCGGUAUAGGAGUCAAAGAGCUGCGUUGGACGGAGCUGAGUUUGGCACCUCGGCAGCCGGUCGUCCUGAUCCUCGGACCCGCCUGCUUCUCGCUCUAUCCAUGCUUUUCUGGCUGCUUAACGAUAAAGCCAAGGCGAAGCAGUACUAUGAAGAUGCCACCGUGGCUGUGAAAAAGGCAGACGAAAAUCGAAAGCUAUCAUCGGAGCUUGAUCAAAUGAAAAACUUGCUUAAGCUAUGA